AUGUUAGAGUCAUUGGCUGCAACCUUACUGAAUCGACUGUUGGGUUCUUAUAUCGAAAAUUUUGACCCCACGCAGUUGAAUGUAGGAAUAUGGGGUGGUAAUGUUAAGCUAAAGAAUUUGAAAUUGAGGAAGGACUGUUUCGAUGGGCUUCAUCUACCUAUAGAUGUCAAAUUUGGUAUACUGGGUGAUCUGGUACUUAAUGUGCCAUGGUCAAGUUUGAAGAAUAAACCGGUUAAAGUCAAUAUUGAAGACUGUUACCUGUUAUGUACGCCAAGAGAUUUUGAUUCUCUGCAUUCUGCGGAACAAGUGGAAAGGGAAUUGAGAGUUAAAUUGCAGAGCCUGGCCCGCUGGGAAGUUGCUUCUCAGGCUAGAGCAGCCGCAGAUGAUUCGAAUUCUCAUAAGGAUCAAAAUGAAUCCUUUAUGCAAUCUUUAAUCACCAAGGUUGUGGAUAACGUACAAGUGUCCAUUAAAAAUAUACAUAUAAGGUAUGAGGAUAUGAGUUCUAAUCUCUCGAAGGAACCAUGUUCUGUGGGUAUUACACUGAAUGAAUUAUCUGCGGUGUCUAGUGACUCUGACUGGAACCCAAGUUUCAUCAGUAUUACGCAGGAUAUCACUCAUAAGUUAUUGACAUUGGAUUCGUUUUGUUUGUACUGGAAUACAAACACUAAUUCUAUCCAGGAACAUGGAGAAAUAUAUGACCCUAAUGCAAUGAUUAGCAAGUUUAAAAAUUGCGUGGCUACCAAUGGUGUUUCCAAACCCGAUUUCCAAUACAUGUUAAGACCUGUUACAGGAUCAGGUAGACUAACAGUUAGCAAAUUAGGAUCUACUGAAGAUAGACCUCACAUUGAUUUGCAAAUGCUUUACGAUGAAUUUGGACUUGAGAUAGAUGAUUCACAAUAUGCAGACAUUUUGCAUACAUUAUCUAGCAUUCAUCUUAGCCAAAAGACUCAGAAAUUCAGGAAAAUGAGACCAACAUACCCAGUUAGUCAAAAUCCGAAGGGGUGGUUCCGUUAUUUGGGGGAUUGUGUCAUUGAAGAAAUCCAUGAAAAGAACGAUAUGUGGACUUGGGAUCACAUCUCUAAACGUUGCCAGCAGAGGAGAUUAUAUGUUAAACUAUGGAGUAAAAAACUUUCGGUAAGUAAUUGGGAGCAACCAUUGCCCGAUAGAGACGAGGAGAAGCAGUUGGAACAAUUGCACCGUGAACUAGGAUUCGAAGAUAUUGUUUUGUUCAGAUCUUUGGGAAGAAAAGAAUUCGCAAAACAGAAAUUAAAAUCAAGGGAUGCUUCCCCUGCUAAGACUCAACAACCUAGUUCCCAAGGCGGGUGGUUUUCCUCUUGGUGGGGCGGUGGCAAUUCCUCCCAAGAUUCUGAUUUGACAAUUACAGAUGAGCAGAGACAGGAGCUUUAUGAUGCCAUUGAAUUCGAAGAAAAUGACGGCAGUUUGACUGAUGCGCAACUUCCUAGAGAUCGAAUAACAAUGAAAGUCACAGGCCUGCUGAGGAAAGGUACAUUCUCAAUGAGGAAGAAGGAUCAUGAAUUUUGUCUGGGUGAAGUUAUCUUCGAAAACUGCGAAGUUGAUUUCUUGCAACGCCCAGAUUCUUUCUUAACAUCUUUCAAGCUACAACAAUUCAAAGUGGAGGAUGGAUCUCCGAACACCCUUUACAAGCACAUUAUCAGUGUCAAAAAUACGGAAUCUGAUUCACCAUCAAAAAGUGUGACAAAAUCACUUCCUCUGUUCCAUCUUGACUUUGAAUCGAAUCCAGUUGAUGAAUCUGCCGAUUCUAAGCUGAACGUCGUUCUACGUGGUAUGACGGUGUUUUACCACGUUCAUUUCAUCACGGAAAUUCUAAGGUUUUUUAGUCCUCCAAAACAACACAAGGAUACUGUCGGAGCUAUCAUCAAUGCAGCUGAAGCUACCGUAGAAGGCUGGACCACACAAACUAGGAUGGGCCUUGAAUCUCUUUUGGAGGAACACAAAACAGCGAAUAUUACACUGGAUCUCCAAGCUCCUUUAAUUAUCCUUCCGCUCAACCCACAUAGCUGGGAAACUCCUUGUGCUGUGAUAGAUGUGGGUCACAUUUUCCUCAAAAGUGACUUGGUUCCAAAGGAGAGGAUUAAUAAAUUAAAGCAGCUGACGCCGGAAGAGUACGCCAAAAUUGAUGAAUCAGAGCUAAACAAGCUUAUGUUUGAUAGAUAUCAACUAUAUUUGCAGGAUACUCAGAUGCUGAUCGGUUCCGAUGUCAGGUCUACCAUUACCAGUUUGAACGGUGCCAGCGAGGGUUGUCAAUACAGCAUUCUGAACAAACUUCGUUUAGAAGUUACUUUGGAUCUUUCCAUUCUACCAAAGGCUUUCAAUUUACCUAAAGUGAGAGCCUUUGGUCGACUACCACAAUUGAAACUCUCCUUGAAUGAUAAUCAGUACAAGAUUCUCAUGCAACUUUUAGAAAAGAGUAUCCCAUCUCUGCUCGAUGUGGAUGCAGACAAUGAGUUCCGGGAAACAGCAGAUACUCUGGACGAUACCAGAAGAAAAGUCCAAAUCCAGUUAUCCAGAACUUUGAAGGAUUUGGAAAAAAUGUUACCAAUGGAGCUUGCACAAAAGCUUUUUGAGUUACACUUUGAUGUAGAUGACAUUCAGAUCUCGAUUUACAAAUGCCUUGAAUCCAAUUCUAUGCAAUGCAAAAAAUUGGUGGACGUUUUAGGAGGUAAAGUCAAAUUCAAUUUUGUGCGGAAAGCUAAAGAGAUGAAUAUAAAACUAAAUGUGCAUUCUUUAGAAGUGGAAGAUCACAUCGAAGAAAGCAACAAUGAAGAGUUUAGACACCUAAUAUCUUCUGGUAAUGUUGACCAAAAUGGAUCUAAAGAUCUUUUCAACCUAGAAUAUAAAAGAAUGCAACGGAUUGUGUCCCAUGAUAAUACAUUGAUUGAGGUUUUUGAUCAGGACGUCUCUAUGAACCUGGCAAAACUAAAAUUGGUAUUGUCUCCAAAAUCGUUAUUAACGCUCAUCAAUUAUGCUUUAACGACCUUCACGGAUCCUAAUGCUCCAGUAGCACCAGCAGAUGCUCUAAGGCACAAUGAAGAAAAUAGAGAGGAUGCCCCUCAAAAGAUCAACGUGAAUAUCAAGGUUGCUGGUGUGGUUGUAGUUUUCAAUGAUGAAUCCUUAAAACUAGCAACCCUUGUGGUAUCGGCUGGUGAUUUUUCUCUUCUCUAUAUGCCUGAAAAAAUGAAAGUUAAGCUAAGUCUAGGUGGUUUAGAAUUGACAGAUGAAACGACAGAGACUUUACCAAGAGAUUCCAUGUUCAGAAAGCUAAUUUCCAUGAGUGAUCAAGAAUUAGCAGAAGUAAGUUAUGAAACCUUCGAUGCAGCUGACCGUCCCGGUGAUUAUGAUUCUUUUUUCAAGUACAAUACCGGUUCCAUGCAUGUGAACUUCGUUGAACAUUCAAUUAACAAAGUGUUAACCUUUUUCUGUAAGUUCCAAAGGAUGAAGGCUCUGUUUGACAAAGCACGUGAAGUUGCAUACAACCAGGCACCAUCUAUCGAAGCUGUGAAUAAAAUGAAAAUGGACGUUAAAAUUAAAGCACCUAUUAUUCAAUUCCCUAGACUAGUUUCCGCUGAAGACGAAAUAUACGACAGCAUCAAUUUCUACUUAGGUGAGUUCUUCGUGGAAAACAAGUUUGACAAAAAUGAAGCAGGUGCUGAAAUCAACAAUAUUAACUUGGGAAUUAGAGAGGCCCAGGUGUCCUCUAUUCUGAAUCUAGACCAAGGGCUUACUCAGCACUUACACAUGGUUGAUAAUCUGUGUUUGACCUUUAAUAUAGAUCACAAUCCUUUCGCAGAUGUUUCGACGCCAAAGUUCUUGGUUAGGGGUUAUUUCGAUCCUCUCAUGUCAUCUUUGACCGAACUCCAGUUGAAAUAUCUGUUGGAAGUCUCCGAAAAGGUAUCCGCCGCUUUUGAUAUCACUGAUACAAGUGCCGUUGAAUUAAGUGAGGAGGUUAUCUACGCUAAUGCAUUCUUAGAUAGUCCAGAUACUGAGAAUAGUCCAAGCAGCGUUGUCACUUCUGAAACUCCUAGAACUGAAAACGGUGAACCUUUAGAAGGAAUAAAGAUGGACUUUUCCUUCAAGGCUCCUGAGAUCUCUUUAACAUUGUAUCAUGACACAACAUCAUCUAAAGACCUGGAAAAUAACGGUUUAACUAAGCUUACUUUUCAGGACAUUGCACUAAGUGCACAAUAUAAUGAUGAUGGGACUGGUGAAGGUGAGUCUCACAUCGCUACAUUUACGGUAGAAGAUAUCAGAGAUAUCAAAGAUAACAAGCACACUGAGCUUAUUCCAAAAGUGGUGAACGAUAACUAUCAAUUUAUGGCUGCCGUUACGUGCACGAAGCUACAUCAUGGCAAGCUAGUUAACGCUUCUGUCACUAUUGACAGCCCUCAGGUUAUUUUGGCAAUGGACUACCUUUUUGCAUUGAAGAGCUUUUUUGAUGCUUCGUUUGAAAAGAAGCAAGCUAAUGUGACUGAAGACGAGACAACUUCUAGGGAACAAAAUCCUUCGCUACCCGCUACCGAGAAUAAUUCCAGUAAUACAAAGCUUCAAUAUUCAUUAAAUGUUGUUAACGCUGCUGUUAUAAUGUUGGCGGAUCCUUCAGAUUUGUAUUCAGAAGCGGUCAUGUUCAACAUUGGGCAAUUCCUCUUGUCUGACCAAAAUAUUACGAGUCUUUGUGCAAAUAACGUGGGGAUGUCAUUGUCAAAGAUGAACACUGAAGAUAAGAACCAAGUCCGUUUACUAGAGGAAUUUUCUUCUUCAUUGGUUAUCGAUAGAAGAGAAUCUACCCCUGAAAAGUUACUAACCAAUGUCCAAAUCUCAGUCGAGCCAAUGGUCAUGGGGAUUUCUCUACGUGAUAUUCGUUUGGCAAUGUUGGUGUUUAACAGAGUUGUCUCUCAGAUGAACGGUACCCCUGAGGAACACGAUUCUGGCGACAAUGCUAGUUCUAUGACACCAGGGGGAUUUUCUAAAGAAUUUGAAAAGAAACUUUCAAAAUAUGCCCCAAGCUUCGUUUCUUCUGUAGAGGCAAUGUCAAGACGUGGCUCUGUCUCUCAUGAUGUAAUAAUGAGAGGAGAGAAUUUGGAAGCUGAUUUUGGGGGUAUACGACUAUUCUUGAUCGGUGACGUUCAUGAAAUGCCUAUUCUCGAUAUGAAUGUGAGCCCUUUCCAAGCUUCUGUUAAGGACUGGUCCACAGAAAUCGAUGCAUUGGCUGCUUUGGAAGUAUACAUGAAUGUCUUCAAUUAUUCAAGGUCCAGCUGGGAACCUUUGGUGGAACCCUUCCCAAUUUCAUUCCAUUUAUCAAAGAGUGCUGCAAAUAAGGAUGCGAAGGUAAUGUUCGAUGUGAUUUCAAAGAAAACAGCUGAGGUUUCAUUGUCUGCCAGAACAAUUUCAAUGUUAUCACAGAUCCCUGGAACUUUAACUACCAACUAUAGUCUUGAACCAAGAGGUGCAUCAAAGCCAUACAAAAUCAAAAAUGACACCGAGCUUGAUUUGGACGUAUGGAUUGUUACAGAUACUCUUCAAGAAAGAAAAUCCUUGACCACAUUGGCGGCAGGAUCCGCGAUUCCAUGGGAGUUUGAAGAUUGGAGAAGUGUACGAGAAAACCUGGAGGCAGAACAUCUGGGCUUAAAUCUGGGCGCUGCUAUUGCUGGUGGAAGAUACAAAACGACUAUGAAAGUAGAUGUUACUUAUGAGGGUGAGAUGUUGUUUGUUCUACAACCAGCCGUGGAGCAUGUACACAACAGAAUUGUGUGUGAAUUAGAGUUAGGAGAGGAUAACAUAAAAACUAUCACUUUCCGCUCUCCACUACUCUUGGAGAAUACUACUUCCACUGAUAUGGAAAUUAUGGUGGAACCUGAACAAGCCAGCAGACGUUUUUCUUUCGAGCUCAAGGCACUGUCAAGUCGUUCCGUGCCAGUAGAAUAUGCAUUCAACUCUAGUUUGAGAAUCAAGCCAAUAACUGAAGCGGAAUACGACUGGUCACAGCAACCUAUUAUAUGGAGAAGUUUGUUGAAAAAGCCUAUAUCUCUCCAAUGUAACUCAUAUGAUGGAAGGAAUGAAAACUUUCACAUUGAGGUUAAUGGUAAAUAUGAUGAAAAGGAACCUCUAGCCCAGAUAUUUCCACACAUGAAGCUUGUUAUUUCUUCACCCAUUGCCAUUGAAAACUUGCUACCUUGCGAUUUGAAGUUCUCUUUGUUCGAUAAACGGGAAGAGGAGAAGAAUAUGUGCUUGUUGAAGAAGGGAGAAAGAGUCCCAGUUCACGAUGUCUCAUUGGACAACUUUCUACUGCUUCGUGUGCAACCAUUAAUUGAGGAUGCUUCUAUGUCAAAGCCCUCCAUUGUGAAUACUGCAACAAAAAGCGCUUUGAAGCCUGAGUUAAGCUUGGUAAUGAAGCUUUCUGGGGGACAAAAGUUCAAUGCUAUGUUGCAUUAUCAAAGUGUAGAAGGAACUAGAGCUAAGAUUAUCAGAAUAACAUCUCCUUAUAUCAUCUUUAAUGAGACAGAUAGAGACCUAUACGUUCAAGGUAACUCUUCGAACAUUGCACAGUGCAAAUUACAGGCGGAGGAUGAUGUACGUUUCAGUAUUCCAAAAAUGUUCUCUUUUGACGUAAAUUCCUACAAGAAGAACCGCGCACGGAUCAGAUUCAAGGAAUCCGACUGGAGUAUGCCAAUAUCUUUUGAAGCAUUAGGUCAGUCGUUCGACACCGUGGUGAACAUCCCCAAUAAGGAGCAAGAAUGCAAUUUUGGUAUUACAGUUUCUGAGGGUGAGGGUGAUUAUUUAUUGAGCAAGAUUAUCUCCAUUGCACCAAGGUAUAUCAUACACAAUUUCUUGGAUGUACCCAUUGAACUUUGUGAACAUGGGUCUACCAAUGUUUUGGAUGUCGAACCUGGUAAGUCAAUACCCCUAUACAAAAUGAGAAAUGUCGUUCACAAGCAGUUGAUGGUCAAAUUUUUGGGAUCUACUUCAGAGUGGUCUUCUCCAUUUUUCAUAAAAGAUAUUGGGUUCACUUAUCUGAAGGUUUUGAAGCAAAAUAGUCAUGUUUUGCUGAAGGUUGAAAUCAUUCUUGAAAGAGCCACCGUCUUUAUAAGAAUUAAAGAUGCACAGAAUCACUGGCCUUAUUCUAUUAGAAAUUUCAGUGAUCAAGAGUUCAUUUUCUAUCAGAGGGAUCCUAGAGUUGUCGAUGAUUAUUACGAUUACGAUACUUAUGAUGAGUUGGAUGAGACAGAAUAUAAGCCGUACUACUACCGUGUCCCACCUAAGAGCGUCAUGCCAUAUGCGUGGGACUAUCCAGCAGCAAGGCAGAAAAAGUUGAUUCUAACCGCUAGAGGUCGCAGAAGAGAAGUUCAAUUAGCCGAAAUUGGUAAUUUGAAGCCCAUGCGUCUACCUUCUAGAAGCCCCAGCGAGGAACCUCUCAGUAUGGACUUAAAUGUGAUUGCUGACGGUCCAACUCAGGCAUUGGUUAUCACCAACUACAAUCCCGACUUCAGCUUAUACAAAUUGAGAAAUAAAAACAAUACUUCAUCAUCGGUUUCAGUUUCCAGCAGUAGUGGUGAUGGAUUCGAAGCAGAAGCUGAGGAUAAGAAUGUUUAUGCUAAGAUCGUGCUGUCUUUCAAAGGUGUUGGUAUUUCAUUGAUUAAUGCAUCCCUGCAGGAAAUUUUGUACCUACACGCCAAUGGAUUGGAGAUGAGAUACAAUGAAUCUGACUUGUAUCAAACAUUCAGUUGGAAGGUGAAGUGGUUACAGGUUGACAACCAGUUAUUCGGUAGUCCGUUCCAGAACAUUUUAUAUCCGUAUGCUGUCCCUCACACAACACAUGAAAUUGAGAAUCAUCCUGUCAUAUCUGGAUCGGUCUCAAAGGUAAAGGACGAUUCACAUGGGUUAAUGUAUUUUAAACACGCCACAUUGUUAUUACAAGAGUUGACCAUUCAACUUGACGAAGAUCUUCUAAUCGCACUCUUAGACUUCGCCAAAUCACCGGGUGCCGCAUGGAAUCUUUCAUCUAAGGAUGCCAGAUAUCCAACAAAGAUCACACUCCCUCAAUGUGCAGAUCUCAAAUUUGCUGAUGACAUGUACUUUGAAAUUUUCCAUAUUCAACCUAUUAUGCUUCAUGUUUCUUUUGUAAGAUCUGAUCAACAUCAAUUGCUGAAGGACGAGCAAGAGAAGUUAGGAGUUGAGUAUCAAGGAACCAUGUUGGUGUUUUUGGACAUGCUUACAAUGACUAUGGCAAAUGUGAAUGAUGCUCCUAUCACACUAAAUUCGUUGUACAUGGCCAAUUUGAGAGUACCCAUCAAUACGCUUUACAAAGCAGUCGAAACGCAUUACGGCCAACAGUUCUUUUACCAGAUUCACAAGAUCCUGGGUUCAGCAGAUUUCCUGGGUAACCCAGUGGGUCUGUUCAACACUAUCAGUUCAGGUGUGUGGGAUAUCUUUUACGAACCAUACCAAGGAUACAUGAUGAAUGACAGACCUCAAGAAUUGGGUCUUCAUCUCGCUAAAGGUGGUUUAAGUUUUGCCAAGAAGACUGUUUUUGGUCUAUCUGAUAGUAUGGCUAAAUUUACCGGCUCAAUGGCGAAGGGUCUCUCCAUUACACAAGAUCUUGAAUUUCAAGAGAGAAGGAGGUUACAACAACGUAUGAAUGCUAACAAACGCAACAGGUUUACAUCAACAGCUCAAUCUUUUGCUAAUACUGUCGGGAGUGGAUUUACCGGCAUGGCUUUUGACCCUGUGACUGGAGCCCAAAAGGAAGGCGCAUCAGGGUUCUUCAAAGGUCUUGGUAGAGGUUUGAUUGGCCUACCCACAAAAACCGCCAUUGGUAUCUUAGAUCUGACGAGUAAUUUAUCACAAGGAGUUAGAAGUACCACAACCGCAUUGGAUGUUCCAGCGGCAGCUAGAGUGAGGCUACCACGUUACAUUGAUUAUCAUGAGAAGAUCAUUAGGCCCUUUGAUUUGAAAGAAGCUCAAGGCCAAUACUGGUUGAAGGUCGUUAAUGGUGGUCUCUAUAUGAAUGACAACUAUUUGGCUCAUGUGGUGCUACCAGGUAAAGAAUUAGCAGUUUUAGUAUCGAUGGAACAUAUUAUCGAACUGAAUAUAGGUAAUUUGGAAUCGAUGUGGACUACAGAUUACUUUGGAAUUCAAGGAAUUGUGCUUCAACGCGGAGGUAUCCACAUCAAAUUAAAGACGCAAUCGGAAUACUUUAUCCCUAUUGCCAAUCCUCAAGAGAGGAAAUGUCUCUAUAAACACAUAGCCAUCGCAGUUACUGAAUACAAUAAGUAUUGCGAAGCGGCAUUGUAG